UUUGUACAAAAUGGCGAGCGUUAUACUGUUUUGCGCAUUUUAAACACGGCAAUUUUGUAACUAAAAUCAAACAAAUCAGGGAAUUCCUUUACUUUAAAUAUACCUAAAUAUGUCACGCGAUUUCGCUCGCAAAGACUACUAUCAUCGUGACGGUGAGCGCGGUCGUGAGUGGCGAGAGCGGAACGAUUACCGCUACGAAAAAGAUCGCUCUGUAGCAAGGAAGCGAAGCCGUAGUCCGCCCUCGAGGGACCUGGACAAACGUGCAAGUCGGUCUCCGAGGAAGACUGAGAAGGACUUGCUGGAUGAGAACAUUCUCAGCGAGAUAUCCAAGCUGCCGAGCGAACUGUGGGACAAUCAAAACCAAAACAACAUGCAAGAGAGCGGCUUUUCCGCGCCCCCGCCGGUUGCACCAUUUCCAGCUGAAGGACCAUAUGCAGGCAACUACCAGCCUUCUUACUCGGGCAUAUACGAUGACUUCCCAUCCGUGGCAUCCAUUCCAGCUCAGCAACCUCCGGACAUGUCUGCAUGGAACCAGAUGUCCCUUCCACCACCACCCACACCUCCAGUGUAUAACGUUGAAGAUCAGAUCAAGAAAGAAGCCGCUAUAGAGACAGAAAUGCGUCACCAGAAGGCAGCUCUGUCGAAACAACGAGAGGAUUACAUUAAGAAAACGGCCAUAUUGAAAAAAGAGCUCGACACUUUGAAAGAUCAACGCAACGAGCUCCGAGGUGAUGCGAAGAGAUCUCCCAGUCCAGACACCAAACGGUUUUUGAAAGAGAACACGAAACUGCAGUUGGAGAUCCAAAACAAACUGAAGACGAUCAACAACGUGGUAGAUAUGUUGAACGGCAUCAUCGGGGAGCAAGCGCCCGAGAUCGUCGAAAUGGAGGAAGCUAGCGAACGCAGCUCUAAGAGGAAAUCUAGGUCCCCGUCGGCCGGCAAGAAGUUCAACUACGUGUACUACGACCCCGAGAUGCACUGGUGUCGAGUGUGCAACGAGUUCCCGCCCACCGCUAAGGACUACCUGAACCACCUGCACUCGCCGGCCCACCACAAGUCAGUCCACGCCAAGAUGGCCGCACAGCAUAUGGAGGCGCCGUGGCACAGCGUGACGGGGGUCAACGAAGGGUUCCCCAGCUUCCCCUCCGCGCCCACCAAGCGGACCCCUAUCAGAGGGCUGCAGUUCUUCGUGCCGUCCACGGCGUGGUACUGCAAGCUGUGCGACCAGUUCAUCGGCGACCUGCACUGCGCCUCCGCGCAUCUCAAGUCACUCACGCACUCCAAGAACUAUACCAACUUCGUAGAACAGAACCCGCACUGGGAGACGGACUGGAUGUCGGAUCGGCAGAAGGCGUUUGAAAAGGCUCGAGCCAGCAACAAGGUCAAACCUGAAGAGAAGCCGCAGCAGUACGCGGCUCACACUAUCACUUUCAACAAGGAUGGCUUCCACACUAAGCGCAAGGCGGAGAGCCCGCCGCCGGCCGCUGACCCCAAGAAGAAGAAAGAGAAGAAGAAGAAGAGCAAGCGCAAGAGAAGUAGCAGCUCCAGCUCCUCAAGCAGCUCCAGCGGGUCUGACAGCGAGCCCAAGAAAAAGAAAAAGAACAAAAAGAAUAAAUCGGACGAGAAGCUAACGGAGUGGAUGUCUUCCCUGCAAAUGAACCGCCUCAACGACAGCGACCGCAAGCUGCUCGACAACAUCAAAACCAGGAUCCAGCGGAACAAAGAAGGCGACAAGCGGCGCAGUGAGGCCCCCGUCAUAGACCUCUGUGGCACUUCCAGAGAGCGCGACAGUCGCGCGCGGAGCCGGCCGCGCGACGAGCGCGACAGCCGGCCUCGCGAGAGCAGAGCGCGAGAUGACCGCGACAAGAGAGAUGAGCAGAGAAGGAGGGACGACCGUCGAGACGACCGGAGGGAUGAGGACAGGGACCGGAGGAGCCCCGCACGCAGCGAGACCAAGACGGUUGACAAACGCAAGAUGCCGUUUAUUGGAAAGAUGCCUGUUUUCAAGAGUUUGAGCAAGAACAAGCCAGAAGAAACCAAGAAAGAAGAAGAGAAGAAAAAAGAAGACGACGAUUCGAAGAAGAGGCAAGAGAUUGACGCCGAGAUACAGAAGAAGGUGGCGGAGUUCAAGGAGAAGAUCGCGAAGGCUCAGCUGGAGAGGCAGCAGGCGGAGCUGCCGCCGCCGCAGCUGGUGUUCCCGAUGCCCUUCCUGCCGCCCACGCCGGCGCCCGCUCCGCCCGCGGCGCCCCCGCCAACGCCUAGCACGCCUCAACCGGCCGCACCGGCCCUACCGAAAGAUUUCCAAGACGCUUUGGACAUUAUCUUCCCAUCCGCUGACCAACACGCGGAAAUGGCCCAGCAGGACAUAUUCUCUGGCAUUCCGGGCUUAGGCCCAGGCUUCCCCGGGAUACCCGGCCUGAUGAACCCCUUCCCGCAGCUGAGCCUGCUGGGACAACCUCCCCCGCACAUGAUGAUGGGCUUCGAUAUGAACGCGUCCCUCUUCGGCCCCCGACCGCAACUCUACGACACUCAUGUACCGCUGGUACCGAACAGGCAGAACAAAAACAAACAAAACGCCGCGGACAAGAGACAAAACAACCAAAACAGGAACAAUCAAAUGAAAAAUUACAACAGCCUCCGCAAUAACAAUAAAAACAACAACAAAAAUGUAAAUCAAAACAAAAAUGUAAAUCAAAACAAAAAUGCCAACCAAAACAAAAAUAACAAUGCAACACCAAACAACAACACAACUCAGAAAAAUACACCUGCAACUAAUGCAACAAACAGUACGCAGCCGACCGCAACAACACCUGCUAAUGCAACUAAUGCAACAACGACUGCAAUCGCAGCGGCGGCCGCUGUGAAGAAAAAAGAAGAAAUGGAUGACUUGGCAAUGCUUGGUAUCGACGCUUCGGAUGUUGGCGCUGGGAUUUAAAAAUUGUUAUUAAAUAUUAUUAUGAAAUACUAGCUGGUGCCAGAGACUUCGUCCGAGUGGAUUUAAAUUUUUAAAAAUGCCGUGGGAACUCUUUGGUUUUGCGGUAUAAUAAUAAAUUUCAAAGAAAAUAAUAUCCCUCUAUGUAUAAAUGCCCUUUAAUCAAAAGAAAAAACUUUGCAAAACGAUUAUAAAAUAUUUAAGAGUUUUGCAAAGUUUUUUUCUUAAAACAAGGAUAAGAUGACAAAAGAGUGUAAAUAGUAGAUAUGUAACAUAUAUGAUGUACACUUUAUAGCAUUGCUAUAAAUAAUAUACGAUACUUGUAACUUAGGGAGCACUUUGCUUAGAUUAAAGACCGAGUUAAAACGAAACAGAAAUAUGUGCACAUAAAUUCGUCUCAUUUUAAUUGUUUAUAUUGAUUUCGACUUACAGGUGAGAUCUAUACUUUGCAUAUACUUAAGACAGAUUUAAAGCGUGAUAGAUUUAUAUAAAUGUCUCAUUUUUA